CUCUCUGUGCCUCUGCAGGCUGCGGCUGGUAGUGCAAUUUGUAUAUACAGUUACUCUUAUUAGUUGAACGGUUCGUGAGAAUAGAAGUAAAUUGUACAAGCUGAAUUUGUGAUUCAAUCGACUUUACGCCAUUACACAAGUGUGAAAUAAAAUCGAAAUGCAGAUGAGCUUCAGAGACGAAUCAAAAUGGCCACUGGAGCUAUUCAACGAUGGUGUCGAUUCGCAAGAUUUGAGGAGAGAGUGGGAAGAGUGGCACCGGUCAUUCGAGCUGCUUUUAGAAUUACGGGAGGUGGAAGGACAACGCGAUAAGUUCGUGUUGCUCAUGACUAUUGGUGGUCGUGGAUCGCAACGUUUUUAUUACAAUCUUGGUCCUUCCCCGGAGGAAAUUCAUCCGCUACCAGUGAGGUGCCUUAUUGUCCUCAAGAAGUACCGGAAUAUGACAACGCAAUAAAAAGAUUGACAAAAUUCUUUGUGGGAAAACGCAAUGACCGUAUUGAACUAGAGGUAUUUCGUUCCCUGAAACAAAAGAAUGAAGAAACAUUCAACAGCUAUUUGUUACGGCUUCGUGCACAGGCGGCGCGAUGCGAGUUCAAGGACAGGGAAGAGAAAGAAAUUCUUCAUCAAGUCACUAUGGGGGCGCGUGACGAGCGUGUGCAAGACAAAGGACUGGAGGAUGUGAUGAACCUGGACGAAAUUAUUAGUUACGCGGUCAAUCGCGAGAUUCUCAUCAGACAGAAGGAAAAAUCAAAGACUUUUAGAGAUGAAUUACCUUCCGGUUCUGUGGCAACUGUAAAACAGGAAUGGGCAUCGCGUUCUCGGAUGAAGAGUGGUACGAAAUAUUCUGAAUUUAACAGAGAAAACCAGCGAGAACGUUACCAAGCGGAGUGUGGUCGAUGCGGCUCAUACAGGCACUCUUCGAACUCAUCUAUUUGCCCGGCUCAAAAAGCCCGGUGUAAUCAGUGUCGCCGAAUUGGGCACUUCGUCCGGAAGUGUCGUGAUUCAAACCAAAGCAGACCUAAAAAGGGCAUCACUUGGGAGCGAACAACUGAUGAAGCAAACUCGUUGCGGGAUGAUAGUGGCUGGAUUGAAGAGCUUCCCCGUCGUCCUAAAUCGGAGGAUAUAUCCAAGUUGCCUGGUGGAUUUUUUGGUUCACUCCGGCUCAUCAAUCAACACGGUGACUACCGAUGUUUGGGCGCAACUACAGAACAGCAAAACGAAGCUUUCCAAACUGAAAGCUCCUCUUGA